CUUAACGCUGGCCAGUCUCAUCGGCUACCCUUUUGCCAAGAAGUAACAGAAAGCGAGAAGAGACAAGCUCGAAAACAGGAGGCAAUGGAAGGAGGGAACACAACCCUCUACCUGCGACUCCACAAGCUCUCGGUCGCCGCAGCCUCCGAAGAAGCAAUCGACGCCGUGCUCACCACUCUCUGGCGAACCAGAAGGACCGGCCUCGCCCCUCCGGACAAAUCCCACAUCCAGUCCCUUCUCGGCCUCCCUUCUGCUUCCCAAGUUGACCCUGUUUCGGCGUGCCUGCGUUCUCUCAUCAGGAAAUGCGUGAACGACGACUUCGUCGAGAGCGAUCUCUCGAAGCUGUUCCCGCCUGACUUACCGGUUAGCCUGCAGGGCCUUCUCGUGUCGGUGUUGCUGAAGCAUAAGAAUCAGUGGAGGGAGGACAUUCUUAGAGAACAGCACUCAAUACCGCGAAGCAGCAUUUCCUAUCAGGUCAAGACAAGCAUGCCACCUACUUUCACAACUUUCCCAUCUUCAGAAACUUCAGCAUUUUCUCAGCCUCACCAAGCUGAUCCAUGUUUCGACUUCAACUGCAGAGGCGGUGGCGGCAAUGCAACGAUUACUGCUGACUCUAAUGUGUCACAACCAGCACCCAUGUCUCUCCAACAUGACGUCGGUGCUCCUGAAAAUAUGGCAACUGUUCCUCGGUUUGUUGAAAUGAAUUGGACGAUUGAGAAGCAAAAAGCGUCAGCCAAUAAGGUGGCUGCAGUCGCCCUGAAGUUGCAAGACCACUCCAAGUCUCCUUUUAGAGAAAAGGAAGUGAAGUUUCAGCUUACGAGAGAAACACUUGAAGCGAUGUUGAGAUCAAUGGCUUACAUCAAGGAACAACUCUCUAGCAUGGCCGGGAGUUCAGCAGAGCCAUUGCAGAAGAAGCAAAAACAGUAAAAGCGUUAUGCUCCUCUUCUUAGGGUUCUGUAUAGGAAUUUUUACGAUAGUGUACAACUACUUGGAAGGCAGUAACUUCAUCCUUACAUGUAAUUUUGCUUUGUGUAUGAUAUUCUUGACAAGUCAUUCAAUUUCUGUUGGAUGCUAUUUCAAUGAUUUUCGAACCAUUAUAUCUCUUAGAUUUUACUUUGAGAAGAUAUAGUGACAAUUCCAAAUUGGCAUGAAUGAAUAAGCGAGGCAGUUUAUUUUAUGGCCAUUA